CUGCCCGGUGGCUCGGACAGAAUGCCGAGUCAUCUUCCUAUUGGUUGAAAAAUGGAGAAAGCCAUUUUUCAAGGAGAAAGAAAUGAAAACAAGUUCAGCCGGCGCGAAUCCAAAUCACCGUUUUGCUCGUUUUCUGGGCUUACCUGGAGCAUUCGUCACCUGCUGUUUUCUACAAUGCCGAAGAAACGAGAACGACGGGAAAGCAAAAACGAUGUUACACCUGACAAGGAUUCAAAGAAACUACGCGCAGAUACAGAAGCAAUAACACACUGGCUUCUUAAAUCAGAACCAGAGAGCAGGAUGCAGGACGGUAUUGAUGUAAAAUUUGGCAUUGAUGAUCUCAUUGCUUGCACUGACAGUACUUCUUGUUGGGAUGGAGUACGCAACUAUCAGGCAAGAAAUUUCAUGCGUGACAGAAUGAAAGAAGGUCACCUGUGCUUUUUCUAUCACAGUAAUUGCAAGGUUCCAGCCAUUGUGGGCAUUGUUGAGGUUGUGAAGGAGUCUUAUCCAGAUCAUACCCAGUAUGACAAGAAGAGUCAUUACUAUGAUAAGUCUAGCACAAAGGAUAAUCCUCGCUGGUUCAUGGUUGACGUGAAAUUUGUGCGAAAGCUACAACAUCCUAUCAGUCUUGCUCAACUAAAAGGAUUGCACGAAAAGCACAAGGCUUCCAAGGGACCCCUAGCUGACAUGAGUUUGCUCACGAGGUCACGUCUGUCAGUGCAACCUGUUAGUGAUGGUGAAUGGGACUUCAUACUCAGUUUGGAAAAGUCACAAGAUGGCUAAGAUCUACAGCAAAAAUAGGUAUAUCAUGGACAGAAAUGUAAUUUUUAGUUUUGCCGAAUGUAUACGGACUGACAAUUUAAAGUUUGGGUCUGUUGAAACACGGCUAUGUGUGCCGAAUAUCCGUGGAGAUGUUCUCGAGACAGCAGCUUGAGUCUGCCGUGCGGACAACCUGCAGCACUUGAGCUGGUGUUGUAUAAUGGCCAUUGUAGCCACAAAAUCGUGGAUUGCAUAGAGUCUCGUAAUCCAGGUAGUGUUCAACAUACCAGUACUUCUCUGCGUUAGACCUUGCUUGGUGUAGUCCUCUUUAUUCCAAGAUACAGAAUGAACAAUGCAUGGUAACCCACAUGGUAGCAUUGGGUUGCCAUCCGCUCAUGUACUGGGUAGAGCAGGGGUCAUAUUCUUAGGCCGGUGAAAUUAAAAUUGAAACUAUCGCGUCUGUUGGACAUGGACGCAAACCUCUUCUCGUUAGCCUUGGGUAGGAAUGGGGAUUGCAACAGAAUGGUCUUGCCAUGGUGGAUGAAAGAUGGAGAGGAACAAAUCAAAGGGGCUUCUUUCAGACAUACGCAGAAAAUCUCUUAUUUAAGAAGGCAUAGUUUAAAGAAAGGUAGGCAUCCCUUUUGGUGCAGUUUUGUCACUUCUUUUGACUGAAAGCACUCCUGCCAAAAAAAGGGGAAUACUGUGGUUUUGGUUCCUGCCUUAUAAGUUAAUAGCACACUCUGCCAGAGCCCUGAACAAACAGGCAAAUGUACUGUAUGAACACUUCCAGAGCAUUUCAGGUAUGAGAGAAUGAAAAAAUA